AUGAUAAAGAAGAUUGAACACAUGAGAGAAGUUCUCAGUGUCCAGCCAACUUUCAAAAGGGGAAAGGCGAAAGAAAAGAAUGGGAUCUCCUUCUCUGAUAGGGAUUUGGCAAGACUCCAGAAUACCUACAACGAUGCACUAGUGAUAACUUUGCAUGUCAAAGACUUCAACAUCAAGAGGAUCUUGAUCGACCAAAGUAGCUCAUUCGAGAUUAUGUACUAUGAUGCUUUCAAGCAACUCAAGCUGAUGACAAAGACCUUCCACCUGCUACGUCUACUUUGGCUACCAAGGGAUUUGUUCAUGAUAGAAGAACUAGAGGACAUAGAGAUGUUUGAAAAUGUUGGCAAGGAGGGCGGACAAAAGGCAGUAGAAGGGCUUGUGGAAGUAGGAGUUGAUGAGAAUGACCUAGAAAAGUUCUUUUUGCAUGGUUCAUCGAUGUCAAGCAGCGAAAUGAAUGAGAUCAUUGAGUUUCUUAUCUCUAGCAUUGAACUGUUUUCUUGGAUGUCAUACAACGUGCCUGGCAUUGAUCCAAAUCAAGAGCUAAUUUCCUUCUUACUUGGCAACCCUGAUGUAUUUGCAUGGUCACCAUAUGAGAUGUCCGGGGUGGAUCCAUCUGUGUCCCAGUACCGCUUAAACGUUGAUCCCAAAUGUAAGUCGAUUAUUCAGAAAAGCUGGCAGUCAGCCAUGGAACACACUGCUGCUGUUGUUGAAGAAGUUGAUCGGUUCCUUGAUGCUGGGACAAUCCGCGAAGUGACCUAUCCUACAUGGUUGUCGAAUACUAUAGUUGUAAAGAAGAAAAAAUGGAACUUGGCAUUUUUGUGUGGAUUUCGCGGACUUCAACAAAGCUUCUCCCAAGGAUUGCUUUCCUCUGCCUAG